ACACCGCUCUGCACCACUUUUAAUCUUUCCUUCAGCUUUCACAGCCCUUUCCAGAGCACAGCAGCGAAAUAUCUGUAACAUUUGUCAGCACAGCCGUGUCAAAAUACGACCCUUGUCUUCUCUCCAAGUCUUAACUCAGUGUUUAUGUUGCUGAGAGGCUGUAAAUUCAUAGACUGACAGUAAAUUCAGCACAGAGUUCUUGGCUCCAUUUGGUAUCCCAUGAGCUCUCUCUCUCUCCAUCCUCAGGGGUGUUGUUGUGGCAAUCUGGAGGAGCAGAAGGGGCUGAUGAAGAUGGGUCUUAGUAUGGUGUUAGUAGGGCAUGUGAACUUCCUGCUGGGUGCUUUGGUCCAUGGUGUGGUGCUGAGACACUUCAGCCUCCAGCGGGGACCGGCCAUGGAAAGCGCUAUCUCGAACGUCAUCGCCCUGGCAACAGGCCUACUGAUGAAAACCCCGAGAUCAGCCGAGCCCCGCUACUCACCCCAGUCCUGUCAUUGCCAAAGAGAUGAGGAACGGAAGCGGUCCAUUAUUAGACCCCCAGAGCGGCACAGGCCACCGCUCUGCUCCGUGUCCUCCUGUCAAUAUCACCAGCACCCCUCUGCAUCCCCAUUCAACUGCACAGUGCUGGAAAGGUCCAGUAUCUAGAUAUGAUUAUGAAUCAGACGGUGGAUCAAGUGCAUUUUAAACCCUUUUGAAGAAAUGUUGCAUUUGUGCUUGGACAGGUUGUAUCUGUUUUGUCACUCAUGUAGCCGCCAGUUUAUGUUAUUACACUAAAUAGCGUAUUUAUAAACUUUUAUACUGUCUAGAGAAAGUGUGCUUGUGUCAGGUUUUCAAUACAUUGGCUACAAAAUUCCCACAAAAUCUGAAAACACUUUAGGCUAAUAAUGUAUGUUUUUUUAAAUUGUAUUAUU